UCCAUGGACCUGUUUAUUUUUUAGUGAGGUGGGGGGGAUCACACCUGUGGUGCUCAGGGCUUACUCCCAGCUCGGUGCUCAGGGAUCAUUCCUGGUGGGCUCAGGGGACCAAAUGCAGUGCUGGGAACAAACCUGAGUCGUCUGCAUGCAAGGUCCACACAUUACCUGCUGUGCUCUCUCCGGACCCCUAGUCCCUGUAACUUUAUUGUUGGGGAUUUUUUCUUUUUUUUGGGGGGGGGUGUUGGGUCAUACCUGUGGCGCUCGGUUCUAUGCGUGCAAAGCCUUUGCUCUGGUGCGUUGGUCCAGCUCUUGGCCCUGAGCCAGGAGCACAGAUAAGGGUGAGGACAGUGUCCUAAAGGAACUCUCCUCCCCCGCGGCCCCUGAGCGAGCGUUGGAGGAGCCGAGUGAAGAAGACUCUUGGCCUGGGUCAGUCAAAGCUGGUGAUGGAGCCAGGAACGGGAGCCCAGGCAGGCAGCUUGGGUCUGGGGUUCAGAGCUGGACUGGAGCAUGGCCCUUUGCAGACCUGGCCGUGUAACUGCCGGGGCUCAGGGACAAAGAUUCUCAGGGGUGAGGGGUGAGGCAGGGGACUUCUGGGAGGUGGCUCAGGUGGCGAGCAGGGGCCUGGCCUGGGGGCAGCUCUGAGCUCCAUCCCCAACUCCAUGCCCCAACACCACUGGGUGGGCGAGCACUAUGCUCCCCGCUCCCAGCCAAAGAGUUGGGGGGAGGGGGGCAGGAAAUGAGGCUCCACUGAGCUGAUGACUCGCACGCACGUGAGGCUCUGGGUUCCAGCCCCGCAGCUGCAAACCCAGAAACGAUCAGAACAAGCUUAGUGUCAGCAGAGCGGGAAGCUAAAUGCGGGCACCCCAGGUGACCCCUAGAAUGCGCCCCAUUCCUAGACUCCUCCUCCGUGCCUGGGAGGAAGGCAUCCCGGGAAACAAAGAGGCCCAGAGAGGUUCCUUCCUUGUCCAGGACCAUGCAGCAAACCUGCCACCUUGGGAGGUGCUCUCCUAAGUCCCCCUCCCCUGGGUUUACAAGCACGGGGGCCCCGGGGUAGGGAGUGAGGGUGGAGAGACAGUAGGGGUGUGAGGGCACUUGGCUUGCACACGGCUGAGCCUGUUUCCGUCCCCAGCACCAUAUCGAGUCCCAAGCAGAUAGCCAGGAGUGACUCCUUGAGCACUGGUGGGGUGUGACCCAAUACCUCCCCCCCCAAAAAAAACGAGCACCCUGAGAUGUGGAGGAGGAGAGGACAGAGGUCUGGAGGGGCGACCCGUGUGCAGUGCCCCUUCUCACCACCCCCUCUCCACAGACGCUGAGGACCGCGCCCUGGACACUCUCCCACCCCCCACUGCCCUCUGAGCGCCAGGGGACCAUGGCGACGUCCAAGCUGCCCGCGGUGCCAGGAGAGGAGGGAACCACCAUCCUCAUGGGCAAGGAAGAGCUGGAGGCCCUGCGCAGCGCCUUCGAGGCGGGCGACCUCCCCCAGGCCGCCUCUCGCCUGCGGGAGCUGCUGGCCUCCUCGGAGACCACCCGGCUGGAGGUGGGGGUGACGGGUGAGUCGGGCGCCGGCAAGUCGUCCCUCAUCAACGCGCUGCGAGGCCUGGGGGCCGAGGACCCGGGCGCAGCGCUCACGGGCGUGGUGGAGACCACCAUGCACCCGUCUGCCUACCCGCACCCGCAGUUCCCCGACGUGACCCUGUGGGACCUGCCCGGGGCCGGCACUCCGGGCUGCCCAGCCGACAAGUACCUGAAGCAGGUGGACUUUGGCCGCUACGACUUCUUCCUGCUGGUGUCGCCGCGUCGCUGCGGCGCCGUGGAGACCCGCCUGGCCUCUGAGAUCCUGCGCCAGGGCAAGAAGUUCUACUUCGUGCGCACCAAGGUGGAUGAGGACCUGGCGGCCACGCGCAGCCAGCGGCCCUCGGUCUUCAGCGAGGGCCUGGUCCUGCAAGAGAUCCGCGAGCACUGCGUCGAGCGGCUGCGGGCGGCGGGCGUGGCCGAGCCCCGCAUCUUCCUGGUGUCCAACCUCUCACCCUCGCGCUACGACUUCCCGCUGCUCAUGUCCACGUGGGAACACGACCUGCCGGCCCACCGGCGCCACGCGGGGCUGCUCUCGCUGCCCGACAUCUCCCUGGAGGCCCUGCAGAAGAAGAAGGACAUGCUCCAGGAGCAGGUGCUCAAAACGGCACUGGUGUCGGGCGUCAUCCAGGCCCUGCCCGUGCCCGGGUUGGCGGCUGCCUAUGACGACGCCCUGCUGGUCCGCUCGCUGCGCGGCUAUCACCGCAGCUUCGGCCUGGACGACGACUCGCUGGCCAGGCUGGCCGAGCAGGUGGGCAAACAGGCGGGCGACCUGCGCUCCGUCAUCCGCUCCCCGCUGGCCGUCGAGGUGAACCCCGAGACCGUGCUGCGGCUGUACGCCCGCUCCUCGGACGGGGCCAUGCGCGUGGCGCGCGCUUUCGAGAGGGGCGUCCCCGUGUUCGGCACGCUGGUGGCCAGCGGCAUCAGCUUUGGCACCGUCUAUGCCAUGCUGCAGGGCUGCCUCAACGAGAUGGCCGAGGACGCCCAGCGGGUCCGCAUCAAGGCCCUGGAGGAGGACGAGGCCCCCUCCGAGGUCAGCCUGGAGGCGGGCGGCGACGUGGGCGUGGAGAAGCAUGGCCUGGGAGAGUCGGGCAGCGAGGACGCCCCGCUCUCGACCCGCAGGAAGCUCGGCCUCCUCCUCAAGUACAUUCUCGACAGCUGGAAGAAGCGAGACUUGUCGGAAGAGAAAUAGAGAAAUGCCUGCCUCCCCCCUUCACCCCCAGCCAAGCUUUAAACCAAACCGACUGAAUGAACCAAACCAGCUUCUGUGGUGAACACAAGAGUAGGGGUGUGUGCGGGGGAGGGACACGGGGGGAUGCAGCAGGCAGGGGGCUGGUAUUCUCUGGGGCAAAGUGAGGAAAAGAGGAAGUUGGGGAGGCCCUGAGUGAGAGGAACAAAGAGGACAGUGGGGAAGGUGUUGACUUUGCACAGGGCCGACCCUGGUUCAAUCCCCGGCAUCACUAAAGGUCCCUGAGCACCGCCAGGCGUGGCCCUCCCUCCAAUAUAAAACAUCAUCUCAGGAAGAUGGUGAGGCACUGGCUCAAGGAUUGAGGUAGCGGCCAUGGGUUCUAUUUCCCAGCACUGCUGGGAAUGGCAGGUGUGAACUCCCUCGAACCUGGGGAGACACAAUGGGGUGGGGUUCCCAGGGAUGCCUGGAAUCUCUCUGGUCCCCAAGUGGUCAAGGGGCACAAAGGGGACUGGUGAGUGGAGUUGGGUUUGAGUUUCAUGCCCUUCCUGACAACCCCAGUCUCCCAAAGGCAGAGGGGCAGGCAGCCAAUCGGUGCCCGCAGCGGGCACAAUGGUGCCUAGCAACAGGCCAAACAGCUGUCAGGACACACUGGCUAAGUGGCGGUGGGUGAGGAUGGCUGGGGUGGGAGGCACUGGGACCCCCUCCUAGCCCGAGGAAGACGGGAGGAGAGAGGGAGCAGUGAGGGAGGACAGGGGUCUGUGAGCACGGAGGAGAGAGCCAGCAGAGGGUGCUUCCCAUCCACCCGCGGCCAGGCUCGGGAGGUUGUCGGGGUUGGGGUGUCCCUGCUGGCUGAGACCUAGGGCCACCCGGCUGGGGGGGUGAGCACUCGUGGUGUCCAAGGGUGGGGGGCGUUGGGCAGGAUGUGGGCAUGAGCAACCCUCUGGGUGAGAUAUGGUAUCUGGCCCACGCAUCCCCGGGACCCCAAGCUUAGUGUAUGGGGGGUGCCCCCAGGUCUGACACACUUGUUCCCACCCUUCUCACCUGAGUCAUGAUGACAUGUGUUCAUUGGGGACAGGACAGAGUUGCCUCAGGUCACCUGUGACUCAAGAUGGCUCAGGGGAAGUUUGAGUUCCCCAAACUUCAGCAAGGUGGCCCCUGCCCACCCCCCACCCUCGUCCCGGUGGGUGCUCACUCUGGAGUUUUCCAGAGCCCCUGCUGGUUCCAGCUGCACUGCCCUGGGCUCUGGGAAGGUGACUUCCUCAUCUGGGAGAUGGAAUGGUGCCAGUGCUCUCUGCUCAGUGCUCGGCAAAGGGAUCCCUUCCUUCCUGUAGGCUUCCCCAUAAGGAUUCUUGGGGUUCACCUGGGCCUUUCUGCACCCUGGGGGUGGAGGCAUAAACAGAUCAGGGAAAUCGCAGGAC